GUUGUUUUUUUAUUAUUAUGGUUGUCCUUAAUUGCCGACUUUAUAUGCUAUGGCAUAUAAAGUCCAACUGUGCCAUCAUGUAAGCAAAUAUUACUAAAGCUUAAUAAGAUGGUGGAUUCCAAAGUGGUGCACAUAACUACUCUCAAGCUGUGGUUGCUAAGGCAGUGAUACAUCCAAAGCUAAAAAUAGCAUAUGCAAUCUCCCAACAUUGUAAUUUCCUAUGGUUGAUUUUCCCCUCGUCUAGUUUGUAUUGCGCUGAUAUAAGUUGACUGCUACAGUAAAUUAAAAUCAAUGACAGAUAUUUGCGUAGGACUAUCCAGUGGCUGGAGAGGAUUCAAACCGAGUCUAGUCAAGCGAAUGCAUUAAAUUCAAAAUGGUAAAAAAAAAUUCCACCACCUAUGUGCCUAUAUUAUAUAUAUCAUAACUUGCCGUGGAAAGAUUGAAUAUUGUGCAGCAAUGUUUGAAGUAUGGAACCAAGAAUUUAAUCGUUAUGGUUCAGCUUCUUCUAUAAAUAGAGGAGAUAACGAACAACAACAAGCUGAGAGCCUUAGAGAGUUUUUCUGAGAGAAAAAUAUAGUGAGCCAAAUAAAACAUGAAAUUUACAUGCACAAAAUUAGCACUCCUAUCAAUCAUCAUUUUCAUCUCAAUUUUCCCUCAAACAUGUAUUUCUUUUGACAUUGACAGUAGUUUCCUUCAAUGUUUUUCAUUAGCGUUAAAAAAUUCAACUUCAACUUCAAAAGUAAUACAUACUCAGAAUAGUUCAUCUUAUACACCUCUUUUACAAUUUUCCCAAAGAAACCACAGAUUCUUAAACAGUUCAGUUCCAAAACCAAACCUUAUUGUUACUCCAAAUGAGCUAUUCCAAAUCCAAACAACAAUAAUUUGUUCAAAAAAACAAGGCCUACAAAUAAGAGUUAGAAGUGGUGGACAUGACUAUGAGGGUCUUUCUUAUGUCUCUAAUGUUCCAUUCCUAAUCAUUGAUCUCACAAACCUUAGGUCAAUAACUAUUGACAUCAAAGAAGAAAAUGCAUGGAUUCAAUCAGGUGCUACUCUUGGAGAACUUUACUAUGCAAUUGCAAAUAAAAGUAAUGUUCAUGGUUUUCCAGCUGGUAGUUGUCCUACUGUUGGUAUAGGAGGUCACUUCAGUGGAGGUGGAUUUGGUACCAUAUUUCGAAAAUAUGGUCUUGCAUCUGAUAAUGUAAUUGAUGCUCAAAUAGUAGAUGUUAAUGGAAAGAUACUGAAUAGAAAAAUGAUGGGUGAGAAUCUAUUUUGGGCUAUUAGAGGAGGUGGAGGUUCAAGCUUUGGAGUGAUUACUGCAUGGAAAGUUAAGCUUGUAAAUGUUCCUUCAGUAGUAACAGUUUUCAAUAUUCCAAAGAGUUUGGAACAAAAUGCUACUACCCUUUUCAUGAAAUGGCAAAUUAUAGCUAAUAAGCUUCCUAAUGAACUUUUUCUUCACUCAGUUAUGGGACUUGAUGCUAAAUCAUCUUCUGAUGGUGGAAAAACUGUAGCUGUUUCUUUCACAGGACUAUAUCUUGGGAAACAAGAAAACUUGGUUCCUUUGAUGGAAAACAAUUUUGCAGAACUGAAUUUGCAACAUGAUAACUGCACUGAGAUGAGUUGGAUUCAAUCUGUUCUUUAUUUUGCUGGUUAUUCCAUCAAUGGUUCAUUGAAGGUGUUACUUCAAAGAAACAAAACAUCUACAAGUUUCAAAGCUAAAUCAGACUAUGUAACAAAACCAAUUCCUAUGUCAGGUUUGGAAGGGUUAUGGAACAUGUUACUUGAAGAGAAGAAUCCAACUUUGAUUAUGUCACCAUAUGGAGGAAGAAUGAGUGAGAUUUCAGAAUCAGAAACUCCAUUUCCACAUAGGAACGGAAUCAUUUAUGGUAUCCAAUAUUUGGUAGAUUGGGAUUCAAAUGAAGAAACACCAAAGCAUAUGGAUUGGAUAAGAAAGUUAUAUGCAUACAUGACACCUUAUGUUUCAAUGUGUCCAAGACUUGCAUAUAUGAAUUAUAGGGACCUUGAUAUAGGAGUGAAUAGAGAAAAUACAAGUUAUGAAGAAGCAAAAUCUUGGGGCAUGAAAUAUUUCAAGUCUAAUUUUGAAAGAUUGGCACAGGUAAAAAAUGAAAUUGAUCCUAGCAAUUUCUUUAGGCAUGAGCAGAGCAUUCCACCUUUGUCUGCAUGAUAUAUGUAGCUACUUUCAUUAUACCAUUUUACUCCUUUUUCCUA